AUGUGUUACUAUGGUGGAUACUAUGGAGGCCUGGGCUAUGGCUAUGGUGGCCUAGGCUGUGGCUAUGGCUGUGGCUAUGGUGGCUAUGGUUACGGCUGCUGCCGCCCACUGUGCUGUACAAGAUACUGGUCUUAUGGCUUCUACUGA